AUGUUAGAUGCGAUUGAUUUUUCAUUGUGGCUUUCUCGUUUAAUUAAAUCAAAUAACACUAAAUUAGAUAUUAAAAUAAGUAUGCCAGAAGCUGAAGUAUAUGUUCUUCGAAAAAUGAUUAUUGAUGAAACAUUAACAUUAGCUGAGAAAUGGAAUAUUGCAUGGACCGAUAGAUUAAAUCCUCGUAUGCGUCCAAUACGUCUCUACGUUCAAUCAAUGCUUGAUUCAUUAGGUUAUAGUUUGGAAUAUUCAACAAAUUCAUAUGAUAUACGACAAGUAUUUAAAAUGAAUGGAACAGCGGCUAAUAUAACAAGACAUAAGAAUUGGAAGAUAUUACCUGAAGUUGGUACAUAUUGUCAUUAUAUUCAACGACCCAUUGUUAUCGAUCCACCACGUACAACAAAAUCAAGAGCAAAAUUAAAGAAAUUUUAA